AUGGACCUCCAAGGGAUGCGUACAGGGAUCCAUUGGAGGCCCAACCUUCUGAAUCUGCUCCUCGACCCACUGCUGUUCGAGCUUGACAGACGUGGCAGUCACUGCCAAGCUUUUGCCGACGACGUGGUGCUCGCGUUUGAAGGGCAAGAGAUGGGCGAAAUACAAAAGAGGGCCAAUGAAACGCUGGCCUAUGUGAAGGACUGGGGAAUCCGAAACAAACUUAAGUUUGCGCCGCACAAAACCAAGGCCAUGGUAAUAACGCGCAAGCUUAACGGGCUGACUUUCAAUACUCACGUCUCCGAAGUUUGUAGAAAGGCAGUCGCCUUCUACAACAAGCUAUCCCGGGCGGCGAGGCUGCAAUGGGGGCUGGGGCCAGACGUUAUAAAGCUGCUAUAUACGGCUGUCGUGGAGCCAGUAGUUUUAUACGGAGCAAGUGUGUGGGCCCCGGCCUCGCGAAAACUCGGAGUGAGGAAGCAGCUCGCUGUCGUCCAAAGAGGCUUUGCGCAAAAGCUGACGAAGGCCUACAGAACCGUCUCACUAAACUCGGCCCUACUGCUCGCCGGAAUAUUGCCCCUCGAUAUACGUGCGAGGGAGAACGCCUCCCUAUACGAAAUAAAGAGGGGAUACUCUCGGCGAGUGGUGGGAGACCGAGAGGUGGAACGGCCUGUGGCCUACGGCGAGCUCGAGCACCCGGCGCAGCGGAGCAUGGUCCGAUAUCGGUGCCUGGCGGACGGUGCAGAAGUGAACCAAAUUACCAGCCAGUGCCUCUGUAUAUAUACAGAUGGCAGUAAAAUACAAGACAGAGUCGGAGCGGCAAUCUCAAUCUGGGAAAAUGCCGCCGAGACAAGAAGCAAAAAAUUUAAAAUGGAAUCCUUCUGCACCGUCUACCAGGCGGAACUGCUGGCCCUUCACGGAGCCACGGAGGAAGCGGUCAAAAGUGGGAGGGAAAUUUGCAGCGUCCUGAGCGACUCGAGGGCGGCGCUGGACACCGUAGCAGACGGAACUUCCCUCCAUCCCCUUGCGUUCAAAAUUAGGAAAAAUUUAAGAACAUUAAAAGAACGCAACAAAAUAAUAAACCUAUUUUGGAUAAAGGCGCACGCAGGAUGGAGGGAAAUGAGCGAGCAGACGAGCUCGCAAAGGACGCAGCACUUAAAUCCAAAACCAAACCUCAGUAUAGCAGAUGCCCUGUCUCAUACGUCAAGAGACAAAUUAGAGCGGAGUCAGUCGAUGAAUGGGACAGGCGCUAUACAGAGGGAGAAAACCGCUUCGACCACGAAGAUUUUCUUCCCUAAUGUCGUGGAGGCUCAUCGGAUUAUGAAGCAAACACCUAUAGACCCGUUACUAACGCAGGUGUUCACAGGGCAUGGCGGAUUCUCCGAAUACUUGCAUAGAUUCAAGUGUAAGGAGAGUCCGGCAUGCAUCUGCGAUCCAACGGAAAGUGAGUGUGUAAUGCAUGUGCUGACUAAAUGCCCGGUGCAUUUGCGUGAAAGAACUGAACUAGAAAUAGAACUAGAUAUAGAAGUUAAAAUAGAGAAUAUACAUAUAAUUAUAGCGGAAAAGAAAGUAGAAAUAAAUUCAUAA